AUGGAAAGUGGUUAUGCGCCCGUUCCCAAAGAAUCUUUUGUCGAAUUGCAAUUACAAGACAAUCAAAUUUACGGAUCUCAAAACCCUACAUUUUCCGAAAACAAUACUUACCCCGAAUUCAUCCAUGAUGAGGAUGGAGAAGGGUUUGUAACACAUCGAAUUGAUUACUUGGAAACCGGUGUUCUUGAUGACGACAUCGAUAUCGAUUACGAUACCUCACACCUUACAGAAAAAUCCUCAAAUUCUGGGGUCUACGGCGCCGUAUUUAAUCUAACCACAACUGUAAUCGGCGCCGGAAUCAUGGCAUUACCCGCCACCAUGAAAGUUCUUGGUUUGGUUGUCGGAGUUAUUUUGAUUUUCGUAAUGGGUAUCCUCUCAGAAAUCAGCGUCGAAUUACUCGUUCGAUUCACUGUUCAAUGCAAAGCUCUGUCUUAUGGAGAAGUCGUUGAACAAGCAUUAGGUAAACCAGCUAAAAUCUUGUCAGAAAUCUGUAUCAUUCUCAACAACGCUGGCGUUCUAGUCGUUUAUCUAAUCAUCAUGGGCGACGUAAUGUCGGGUUCCCAAAAUCACGUCGGAGUUUUCGAUCAAUGGUUAGGCGAAGGCUUCUGGGAUCACAGAAAGCUACUCAUUUUAAUCGUUUUAAUCCUUUUUCUCGCACCCCUUUGCGUAUUAGACAGAAUCGAUUCAUUAAGCCUAACUUCAGCUGCUUCAGUAGCAUUAGCAGUCGUCUUUGUAGUCGUUGCUUUUGGUGUCGCGUUUAUCAAACUCGUUAGAGGCGAAAUCGAACCUCCAAGAUUGACACCCGAUUUUGGAUCAAAAAAAGCAAUUCUUGAUUUACUAGUUGUGAUUCCAAUCAUGUCAAAUGCAUUCGUUUGCCACUUCAAUUUACAACCCAUUUACAACGAACUUGAAGGACGUUCACCUCAAAAGAUGAAUAGAAUUGGUCGAAUCACAACAGUGCUCUGUAUAUUAGUCUACUGUUCAACCGCCAUUUCAGGGUACCUUCUCUUCGGAAUCGAGACAGAAUCAGAUGUUCUUACGAAUUUUGAUAAACCACUUGGGAAAGAAUUCAGUAACGCUAUAAAUUACAUAGUUCGUGUUGGAUAUAUUCUUCAUUUGGUUCUUGUUUUUCCGGUGAUACAUUUUUCUUUGAGACAAACAGUGGAUGCAUUAGCUUUUGAAGGGUCAGCUCCUUUACAUGAAAGUAGAAAAAGGUGUUUGGGUUUGACAUUUACACUUUUGGCCCUUAUAUUUUUAGGGUCUACUUCGAUUCCAAGUAUUUGGACAGCGUUUAAGUUUACAGGGGCAACGACAGCUGUCUCUUUGGGGUAUACUUUUCCUGCUCUUAUUGCUCUUAAAUUAGGUGGUCAAGGGCAAGGGUUGACCAACAGGGAAAGGGUUUUUUCAUGGUUGAUGUUGUGCUUUGCGAUUAUGGUUAGUGUUGUUGGAGUUGUGACUAAUAUUUAUAGCAUGCAAAGCGAUUCUGAUUGA